UUUGGCGCCUCAUUUAGCCAUCAAGUGCCGUGCUUCGAUGUAAUAGCUGGUAGUCUUUUAGAUAAAAAGAACCAUUGUUAGUAUAUGUUCGUAUUUAUGUAUCCCAGUAAGACCUGCGAUCUAGCAUACAACGCUUCUGUGGUUUGCUUCUUACAAUGGCUGGUGGAAAUCACACUAUGAAGGAAAAAGUAAAUGACAGUCCACCUCCCAACGACAAUCCUUCUCAGACUCCUGAGAGAGCAGGAUGGGGACGUCCACUGGAAUUCAUAUUAGCGUGCCUUGGAUACGCCGUGGGAUUGGGAAACGUGUGGCGAUUCCCUUAUUUGUGCUACAGAAAUGGUGGAGGUGCAUUUUUAAUCCCCUUCUUCAUAAUGCUGGUUUUAAUCGGCCUACCAAUCUUCUACUUGGAACUGUACCUUGGACAGUUCACAGCGCUUGGUCCAAUCAAAGCGUUCAGUUCAAUUGCUCCGUUCUUCAGUGGUUUGGGAUACUGCACCUUGGUAGUAAUUAGCCUAAUCUCAAUAUACUACAUGAUCAUCGUGGCUUGGACAGCGUUCUAUACAUUUAUAUCCAUCGGUGGUGAUAUGGCGUGGGGGUCUUGUGAGAAUGAAUUCAAUACAGACUAUUGUUACAGUGGUGCUUACGACAAAGCUUGCCGGGUCAACAACACAGGUGAAGCUGCCGACCUCACAUAUUACAUGCGCCGAUGUAUGAGUAUCGGCGAGAUAUGCCAAAUGACGGAACUGGAACCUUACGAUGGGAAAAACUGUCGAAACGGAACGGAAACCAUCCCGUGGUUCAAUAAUGUCAACAGGGUACUAGCGUCAGAAGAAUAUUAUAACGAACGUGUUCUGGGAAGAGGUAACGCGACGUGGGAGAAUUGGGGAUCUAUACAAUGGCAUCUCGUCGGCUGCCUGUUUUUCUGCUGGGUGGUUGCUUUUUUAUGUGUCAUCAAGGGCGUACAAUCAGCAGGGAAGGUGGUGUACUUCACAGCCCUGUUUCCAUACGUCAUGUUGACCGCGUUACUCAUUAGAGGAGUAACUUUGGACGGUGCGAGCGACGGUAUCUUAUUUUACCUGUUACCUGACUGGGGAACACUGCUGACAGCAAGAGUUUGGGGUGACGCAGCCUCACAGAUUUUCUACUCCUUCGGCGUCGCAUGCGGGUCAUUGAUAACGCUGGCAUCAUACAACAACUUUUACAACAACUGCCAGUUCGACGCCAUUUUUGUCUGUCUCACGAAUUUCGGGACGUCCAUCUACGCUGGGUUCGCGAUAUUCUCCGUGCUUGGCUUCCAAGCUCAAAUGAUGGGGGUCAGCGUAGAUGAUGUGGCUGAGCAAGGUCCAGGGUUGGCGUUCGUGGCAUACCCAGAAGCGUUGCUGCAGAUGCCCAUCCCACAGUUCUGGUCUAUCAUGUUCUUCUUCAUGCUUUUCAUCCUAGGCCUUGGCUGCCAGUUCGCUGGGAUUGAGGCCAUCAACACUGCUAUUGUGGACCAGUGGCCUCAGUUGAGAAAGAGAUACUGGAUGGUGACGGCCAGUACAUGUUUCACGUGUUUUCUCCUUGGACUACCGAUGUGCUUCAGCGGCGGCGUGUACCUGUUCACUCUGCUCGAUAUGAACACCGCCUCCUGGGCUAUAUUGUUGAUCGGUAUGGCUGAGUGUACCGCAGUGUCCUGGAGCUAUGGCAUUAAUCGUGCCAUGCGAGACUUGGCUUCCAUGAAUAUGAAGUUGGGUAUCGUCAUGCGAACUUAUUGGAAAGCUACGUGGACGCUCACAGUGCCUGUUGCUAGUAUUAGUGUUUUAGUAUUUGUCUUUGCAAAUUGGAUGCCACCGGCCUACGAGGAUUAUAUGUUCCCCUUAUUUGCGGACCUGCUAGGAUGGGCUAUCGGACUGUCUACGCUGGUAUUCUUCCCUCUUGGUAUUUGCUGGGCUCUAUACUGUGGAUACAGAGGCAAAGAACUGUUUACGCCAACGACGCUCUGGAAGCCAGCCGUCAAGACUACACAACCAACUCCAGAUUGUAUACCUAACGGCAACUUAGAUCGCGCUGAAUAUGAUAAUAUUGCGUACAUAUCUUAAAAAUCGGUGUUGUGCGAGUCCGAUUCGCACUUAAUUUUUUUAUUACAACAAACCACUAUAUUGUUAAUUAUGGAUGUAGGUUUUCUUUAUAAUGUUAACACACACUAAAUUCCAAUUAUUUUACUUACUUAUAAGGGGUUUAAGUUAUGUUAAGGUUACGGUUAAACUUGGUUCGUCACAAGAAGCAAAAUUCGGUUGCACAAAUCAGAGUUCACACCUCCAUGAUUAAGGUUAAUAAUAUUAUGUACAAUAUUUUGGACUAAUGUUAACAAACCCUAGUUCCUAACUAUACAAAAUAUUCACUUCAUUUUUACUGACAAUCAGUGAUUAACCGCAACCAUAACUUUAACGGCAUAGCAUCGAUGCUAGGGCAGGUUGUAUUUAUUUAAUGUGAUACAAUAAUUAUAAGUAAGUAGUAUAAUAAUUAUGUCGAACGCGCGAUAGCUUUCAUGGCAUUUUGGUAGGCACUUUAAGCAAUUUGGAAAGUGCAUAGAAGUUUAUAAGAAUAGAAAUAAGGAAUGUCAUAGACUAUAAGAAUAAUGAAGAUCUGUAACCAUGGAUUAUUUUUGUAUGACGAUGAUAAAUAAACCUUGUUAAG